GGGACUAAGUAGGCGACGCGUAGUCAGUCGCCUGCGACGUUGAUCGGCGUUACGGAUUCGUGUUUGUGUUGUUGCUGAAGAAUGUUGCGUUGGUGUUCUCUGUUUAAACGCCACGACAUCUGAACGUUGUCUGAGCUUAGCUCAAAGGAGAAGCGAGCGCUCCCAGGCCUGACGGUGGCUGUAAUGUUACAUUCUGAGAUGAGUCGCGUGGUGACGUUACUGCGCAGCAAGCUGGGCAUGCUGCGAGUGCACAUUGGCACCGACUACCUGGGCAACAAGUAUUACCUCGUGCCCGAGCAGCGCACGUGGACUGGUCGCACUGUGCGUCCGCGCCGUUUGGUGGAGGCGUCGCAGUCCAGCACGGCCGACUACGACGGCGACAACAUCCCCAUGGAGUGGCAGGCGUGGAUGCAGGGAAAGAGGGACGGUGCCCCGACCAUGGAGGAGGUGUCCCGCCGGGAGGCAACGAGCCACCUGGUGGCCGAGCGGGGCCGCCUGAGCGAGAUCAAGGACGAGGAGGCCCAGCAGCGCGCCUAUGAGGAGGGACUGGUGGCACGUGCGGCCACGCGAGCUCCGGGCCACGCCGCGCUGACCCACGGCAUGCCGCUAGGCCCGUCGCCCGAGCCCGGCGGCACUGCCGGCAAGUUCCAUCCGGGAUCGUGGCUCCCGGGUGAGGGGGCGGAUACCGGCGGAGGGGGUAACGCGGCGACGGCAGGACGGGACGGCGGUGGCUUCCAGCCGGAAAGUUGGACGCCUGGACAAAAGGGCACGAAACAAUGAGGCCUUGCCCAACGUCGAUUCCUUUCCACCCGGUUAUGUACAACCCAGUAUUUCCAAUUUUGGGAGUCGUGUAAAGGGUAAAACGGUUAAAGGCCGGUGCAAUUGGUUUCUUACGCCACUGCUAAAUUUGAAACUUACAAACUAAACUAGUUUUAUUUUAGCACGUAAGGCCCACUGAGCUAGUUUAUUUUUUUCAGAAGCCACAAAUGAUCGCUCAAUGAAGUGGCCUGUUCUGUGCACAUUUAUAGCAGCCAAAUACUCUAAAUGCAUGUUUCUAAAUGUGGAGGGAAAAACUGGAGGACCCGGAGAAAAAUCCACGCGACCACGGGUAGAACAUGCAAAGUCCAAAUAUACAGGCGUCAGGGUCAGGAUCGAACUGACGACCUGUAUACCGGGCAAGGUAGUUAACACCUCGCCACACUGAAUGAAGGGCCUCGACUGGUGGCAGCUCAAGAGAGGCCCUCUAUCGGGUAUGUUAGGCCUACUCUUCCACGCAGGCCAGACGUCUUGGGAAAUGUGGAAGUCUCUACACUAUGCCCGGCCACGUUUGACCUUGCCGAUCGACUGUUAUGUACGCAUCCAUACUGCUAGGUGGACAAAGGUGGUGGAAUUUAAUCAACUUGCCCAUUGUUUGAUCUGCUGCGCUGGGAGAACGAACUGGAAAAAACGAAUGUGGAUUACAAGUCUCGACAACAUCGUUGGAGUUAUGUAAUGAGGGCAAAUAAAAAAAUAUUCUGGAAGUUAUUUUGUCGGAAAUUUGCACACCUCUGAUUAGUGUGGUUGGCUACGUACGGUGCGAAAGAAGUUCUGCAUACAUACGUAUUGGGGUAUGGUCCUUGAAUAAACAAUUUAGACCUACUGGUCUAGAGUUCAGUAAGCCUCUGUCACUCUUAACAUAAAAUUAGUGGCGCCAUCAUAAUCUGCAAGGUGUUAUAACUACUUGUCAAACAUGCAAUGUAAACAAUGUAUACAUAUUAGUCGUAUAACACCACACUACGGCAUUCGAUGCAAGUGGCCUUGGGAAGUACAUGUCUCGGACGGAGGCCGAACCUAACAAACUGGAAGUCCAAGGAGAAAAUCGGACCUGAGAACACGUCCACCACAGAGAUGGAGCAAUGAAAUCGGUUCAUGUGGAGGUGGUUUGCGGAUCGUUGGGCCGUGAGACUGGGGGUUGGAAAACUACAUUUUCUGAAGGCCUGAUUGAUACGGAGAUGUAUUGCUGUUAUCUCAGUUACUGAUCAAUGGCGCAAAACACCAUUGGCUAGCAACAAACAGCACUAUUCAAGUGUGCAAUGGUAAAGCGUCAAUACGUUCCUCGAACUGGGCAAGGUUAUAUGAGCGUGUGGGAAAGUAAACGAUGUGAGGGAUUAUCCAAAGUGAUUUGGAGUUCCCCCCCCUUAACCCUGGUGAUCUUCACCGAGCUCAGUGUUGUCGGUGGUCCGACAUAGCUUUGCGGGGAAUCUACGUCAUCGUUAAUCUUGGCAUUCGAGUGAAAGCGUCGUUGCUCAAACAAGCGUUGGGUGUUGCUCAUCUCCAUUGGUGGCUCCGAGGCGGUAGUAGCGACUCCACGUUCAGCUGGUGGGUGCCAGUAUUGCACCCAAAGCGCAAUCACUGUUGACUUGCCACAAAGAGGAGGGGUAGCUGUUUUUGUAUCUAUCCUAGAUGGUUAAUGAGCUACGUCGACUUAAAAUUUCAAUUUGAAUUAAGCCACCUGACUUGGAGAAGUACUUGCCCUGAUAAAAUGUCACGUGUAAAGUAAAAAAGACACGUGUAAAGCAAUGACAUUUUAUUAAAUAGCACAUCACAAUCCACUUUCAUAAAUAUCAAAUAUACAAAAUAUACAACGGUUGAAACAUUGUGAACCGCCUUUGUAAAACAUUGUCAAUGCUACACUUAUUUUCUAGCAUACUUUAUUUCUUAUGGUUUUGUCUUUAAAACAUGUUUUCAACACGAUUAAAAAAUCUCUUUACUCAAUGCCAUCGCUAUGUUGAGCAUCCUAUAAACCAGCGGCCCCCAACCUUUUUGGCACCGGGGACCGGUUUUGUGAAAGACAAUUUUUUCACGGACGGGUCUUUCCCCCUUUUCAAAGAAGCUCUCCAGCGACGUUUGUGUUUUUACUCAUUGUGGCUACUAGGGGUUAGCAGCUCGUGGGCUUACCAAUACUGUGACUGAGACAAGUGAGUAGUGUCGGAUUCUGACUUCUCAUAAUGAGCACGCAACCAAAUCCCUCGCAUGCGCAGUUUACAGGAGGGUUCGCGCUCCUGUGAUAAUCUAAUGCCGCCACUGAUCUGUCAGGAGACGGAGCUCAGACGGCAAUGCGAGCGAUGGGGAGCGGCUGUAAAUACAGAUGAUGAAGCUUCGCUCGCUCGCCCACCGCUCACCUCCUGAGUGCGGCCCGGUUCCUAACAGGCCACGGACCGGUAGCGGUCCGCGGCCCGGAGGUUGGGGACCCCUGCUAUAAACCGUUAACCAAAUACCUGCUAGAAUUAACACGAAUGUAGAUUUUUUUAUUUAAAGCUUUCAUGACUGCAGGGAUUCGUAUUCUUGGUUCUUUCGGUAAAGUCACGUAGAAGGGAAAUAAUAAAUUAAUGAAAUUCAUAUUGUAACAUUAAACUUACCAUUGUUGUGUUCAUAGCAUUAACUCUGAGUUAAUGCUAUGAACACAACAAUGGUAAGUUUUAUGUUAUGAUUCUACUGCAAUAAAAGACACUUUUUGGAUAAAUAAUGAAUACUGAAUUGCAUUGGUAUAUUUUAGAAAAUUCCAUUCAUGAGAGGCAUGAUUGAAACACAGGUUGGCUAGAAAUGCAAAUGCAUAGAACGCGUUGGGACAAUGUAGGCCUUCCAGUGAAAUCAAUUGGACGCCUUGACCACAGCAAGAGAUUCACGUAGAUAGGUUCAAGGAAAAUAACAAAAAAACGACGUUUCGAUCGCAGCACAAGCGGUCGUCAUCCUGAAUACCAAGGGGCUGUCCAUAAAUGACGUCACGCGAUUUUGGACGAUUUUUGACCCCCCCCACCACCGCGUCACAAAAAGUCAGACCCCCCCCCUCAAAUAUGACGUCACAAAGCUCUGCCCCCCCCCCC